GUAUCCACGUGCAAUGGGAGUUCAAAGAUCAAAAUUUGUCCAGUUUGACCGAGAAAGAUCAAACCAGACAAAUACAUUUGGAGGGAAUGGAGUAUCACAUAUAUAGUUAAUUUAACAGCUAAAUGUUUUUACCAUUGCCAUAUUCAUCUGCACGGGCAGUUGGAGCUGGUGCGGCUAUUCAUGACGCCACAUCCUACCGCGAGCAGCUUGAGAAACACACAAAGGAUUUGUUUUCCAUAUUCCACGUCUUCUGCACACGAAAAGACGUAAAGUUUUUAGAUCAUCACAUUCUUUUUUGAAUUUGAUUAUUAUUAUUAUUAUUAUUAUUAUUAUUAUUUUUCCAUCAUCUCUGAUGGAGUCAAAAUUUCACCAUUUUUGGCUUUGGGGUGUGAUGGAAUAAAUCAAAAUGGAUCUCUAAACUAUCUGCGCUUCUUUAAUUAAUGAAGUAGCAGUUAGUCAAACACUGCAACUUUCGAUGUUGAGCCGGGGGUCUCUUUGGAAACAACCUCUCUACUUUCGAGUAGGGGCAAGGAGGCUUAAGGUUGUGGACGUUCCAACAACGGUAACAAAACGGGCACCCGAUUUCUGUACGGUUUAUGUCAUUUCCAAAUCCAAAAUCUCGACCGUUCGAAAUGCUUCUCGACCAGCCCCCUUCAUUUCUCCCCUCUACAGCCAAAUCCAUCAGAAAAACGAGCAACUGCAGCACACCAACACCAACAACAGAAUCAAAGCUGCCAAUGUCUGCAAACCUAAGAGCUUUUCUCCCAAGACGCGUCACAGGCACACUCCCACUUUCAAUGAUAAGCUUGGAGCAUUUGAUAAGUCCCAACGCAUCUCUUUCACGUAUAACAAUGAAAUGGAACCAUCAUUCAGGUCGCCGCUCGACAAAGGGAGAGGCUUCAAUGGGAGAGGGGACCUUUCAGAGUCAGACACGGACAUUUCAUUUGUGAGUUCCGGUCGACCUAGCACCGACCGGAGUCCCAUGUUUUGUGAUGGAAUGGAGUCCGGGCGCACGUCUCGGUUAUCCACUAGCUCAGAGAGCAGCUAUGGAUCGUCCGACCGCUUCGGAUCCAAGGCCAGCGACACAAGUUCUUUCACCGACAUUUCAUCUACUACCUGCCUUGACAACGAUGACGCCGAAAUGAGAAGGCUAAAACAAGAACUGCAGAAGAUGAUGGACUUGUAUAGCACCGCUUGCAAGGAGGCCUUGACUGCAAAGCAGAAGGCAACCGAGCUACAACUAUGGCGAAUCGAAGAGGAGAAAAAAUUGGAAGAAGAUGAGAUCUCAGACGACAUGUCGCAUGGAAAGGCCAAGUCAUGGACAAGCACAGAGAGCAGAACAGACUCAAUGAAAAGGAGAAGUGAAGAUGAAACAAGAACCGAAGAGGAGAAUGAGAGUUUUCGGAUUGGAUUGAGAUACAGAAGGUACACUAUUGACGAAAUCGAUGAAGCUACAGAACACUUCUCGGAGUCCAGAAAGAUUGGAGAAGGAGGGUAUGGCCCUGUCUUCAAAUGCUUGCUUGAUCACACUCCAGUUGCUGUUAAGGUGUUGCGUCCAGACGCUGCACAAGGAAGGUCACAGUUCCUCAAGGAGAUUGAGGUGCUAAGCUGCCUGCGCCAUCCAAACAUGGUGAUGCUGCUGGGUGCUUGUCCGGAGUACGGCUGCCUGGUCUACGACUACAUGUCUAAUGGAAGCUUAGAGGAACGGCUCAUGAAAAGGGGAGACAAACCCGCACUGUCAUGGCAAGUGAGGUUCCGGAUCGCGGCGGAGGUCGCCACCGGCCUGAUGUUCCUCCACCAGACCAAGCCGGAGCCGGUGGUGCACCGCGACCUCAAGCCGGCGAACAUUCUCCUUGACGAGUACUACGUGAGCAAGAUCGGAGACGUGGGGCUGGCCCGGCUGGUCCCGGCAGCGGCGGCGGACGACGUCACACAGUUGAGGAUGACGUCAGCGGCCGGGACGUUCUGUUACAUUGACCCGGAGUACCAGCAGACAGGGAUGCUCGGGGUGAAGUCGGACGUUUAUUCCUUCGGGAUUGUGCUUCUGCAGCUGCUGACAGCCAAGCCGGCGAUGGGGAUAGCGCAUCGGGUGUCGGAUGCCGUGGAGAAGGGGAAAUUUGAAGAUGUUUUGGAUCCGGUGGUUACAAACUGGCCGGUCGAGGAGGCCUUGACCAUGGCCAAGAUUGGCAUGCAGUGUUCCCAGCUGCGGCGCAAGGACCGGCCGGAUUUAGGAAAGCAAGUCUUGCCAGAGCUCCUCAGAUUGAAGGAACUAGCAGAUCAGAGUAUUGGCCAAUUCAUGGUGGUUGGGGGUUCAUGAUGAGUGGUGUACAUCAACAAUGCGUACAUGAUUCGGCAGCAUUUCACAAGUUAUCGGCCUAAUUUACGCCUUGUUUGUUUUGCGGCAUUUUGUCCAUCGAGACGCUGCUCAAACUGUGUUUCUUGGUUUAAAAAGUCGUCAUCUUGGGUAAAAU